UGGCAGCAUCAGGGUCGUAACUAUUAAGCAGGCUGUCAAGACGGAUAGGGUGAUGUUUUUGGGUUGUUCGUCCUACCCAAUGGUUGGCAAGCUGAAUUUUUUUUGAAGCUCCUGGAAUUCUGGCUGAGAAACAUGAAAGGCGUGCCAAAUUUCUACAGGCGAGUGGUUGCUUCAGCGGGGUUUCCAAGGAAGAGCAGAUCCUCGAAAUUAACGAUUUGCACGUGUUCUCUCUCUUUCUCUGUUCUCUCUCUCUUUCGCUCUCUCUAUCUCUUUUUGACCGAAUCAUGUCCGGUGAUCUGGAUCAUAUUCUUCGCGACCUCGAAAAGCAAGUGCAUGAUUUCUCCUUGACAGUGGAAAAUCCCACAGCUAUUCAUACUCAACCUUAUCCUAAUCUUGCAUCAUCGCGAGUCAACCAUUCCACUCGUCAGGCUGUAGAUGGAGCUCAUCCUUCAUCCUCAAAGUUUCAGCAUUCUGUGCCCAGGCACGACACAUCAUAUUCAGUUCACGACCCAGCCAACAUCUACUCAUCCGACAUCUCUUCCGAUGGUGAACCGGAUCCUCGAACACAACGCCCGGCUCAACAACACCUGGCGGAUGACACCGAAUCAAGCGACGAUGAUAUUUGCAUUGCCGAUCUUCAGCGACCGAUGAAAAUGCAGAUGGAUAGAAUGGCAAGCAAAAAAAGCCAUUUACCAACCACCAUGACUGACCACAGUGGAGGUGGAUUAGUGCGUAGUCCAAGUGUCAACGUUAGAUCGAUCAAACCAGAUAUUCCGGAUGAGCCGACCCCUGUGGCACCAUCCCAAGAUACCGACGACGACCUUCGUGCCGCCAUGCAGCGUGCUUGGGCUGUUCUGGAAGCUGAAUCAGGUGUCACAGAAGAGCUUAAUCAAAAGUCAGACACCUCGAUCAAAGAAGCGGAGGUAAACCUCUAGGUGGCACCAUGCUGCCCCCUUUUUUUUCUGAUUUUCUAUUCAUUCAUGGCCAAAAUCUAUGCAAAAUAAGUUUACUCAUGAUGAGCUAUUACAGAUGUCAGCCAUAGAAACUGCCCGGUCUGAACCUUUACCGAGAAUAGCAGUGCAAACCAUCACUAUACGCAU